AUGUCUGUUGCAGCUGUGCGCGUCACGUGCGUGCACGUGCAGCCGGCCACGCGCAGCAGCCCCCAGUUCACGCUCGUCCUGGACCUGGACGAGACGCUGGUCCACUGCAGUCUACAGGAGAUGGAGGACGCGUCGUUCAGCUUCCCCGUCCUCUUCCAAGGUGUGACGUACCAGGUGUUUGUGCGGACACGGCCCUACUUCAGGGAGUUCCUCGACCGUAUGUCGGCCCUCUUCGAGGUCAUCCUCUUCACCGCCUCCAAGAAGGUGUAUGCCGACAAGCUGGUGGACCUGCUCGAUCCCCAUCGGCAGUACAUCAAGUACCGUCUGUUCCGAGACCACUGUGUCUGCGUGCACGGUAACUACAUCAAAGAUCUCAGCAUUCUGGGCCGCGACCUCUCCAGGACCAUCAUCGUCGACAACUCGCCGCAGGCCUUUGGCUACCAGAACGAGGACGUGCGACCUCACAUCCGCGACAAGUACCAGCUGCACUCUCUGCUACCGCCCGAUUAG